UCGCGCUCGGGGUACUGAGGGUUUUACGCCUAAAAAUAAACGCCCGGAUCCGGGCUUCGAUGGGCGUCUGUAUUCUUUACAAUAAAAAACACGUGCAUUUCCUUACAUAAAGUAAUUUCAGUGAUUGCAGAAUUAUUUAUUGUAUAAUGUCAAAGGUUUUAAAAAUGUUUGGGAUUAUCGUGUCUGGUCGUUUGGUGGAAACGAAUAUCCUGCAGAUGAAUCAAAAUCAGUUCUUGAUUACUGUUCCUGAUGCGGACAAUGUGAAUCACGUUGUCGUAUUUCUCACUGGGAGUAUCCCAUUUCCAGAAGGGACUGGAGGAGCAGGUCUUUGGUGGGGCACAUUAUUAGUGACACCGGUCAAAUACAUAAAGACUGGAUGCUGUCGGUGUCCGACACCAGCCGGCCUCUCCUUGUCAAUAAAUAAUGAGGUGGAUCAACUGGCAAUGGCGAUGACCCUCAGUAUUCUGGACCUUUGUAACCUGGAGUCCCGUAAAAAUCACCCCUUGCCAGUUUACUUUAGUUGGCCAGAUCCUGAUGCUCCUCCGAAUUGGCAGUUUCUCGGCUACAUAUCCAAUCUCAAACCCUCGGCGAUUUUCAAGAUUAUGAACUUGAGGAAAAAUCACGAAUUCGAAAAUACAAACGAUGGAAUUUUUGGCAUUGGAAAAAUCUCCCAUGUCGCACAAAUUGGUAUAUCGAUCGAGCCACUGAAUGUCAUCGAGUCUCAAGCAAAUGCAAUCGCAAAUGCUGUGGCGGAUGUCACUAGGAAUUCAUCCAUGGAAUUUGCUCAGAAAAUGUUGACUAGUUUUUUAAAUUACAUUUCUAGCUUUUCUGUGACACAAUCUCAAAUGACACCAAAUCCUACAGAGAACUUCGUGCCGCUUUCCUCCGUGCAAGGAUGGUAUGAAAAGUUCGAACGCAGAUUACAACAAAAUCCCAACUUUUGGAGACAGUUAUGAUAACUUCCAGAAUUAUGUUCUAUGAAACAAUUUUUCAUAAUUUAUGUGUUCAUCCAUCACCAUUGUCAUUUCGAGAAUUCCACUGUCCGUCAACUUUCGAUGUAAUCAAUUACGAAUUUAAUCAGGUUUUCUACAUAGUUACAAUAAGCACUUCCUGUAUAUAUAAACGAAGUCUUGACCGUGAAUAACCACAUUUAUCAUACUCCCUUAAUCCCAUAAUAAGUCAUAAUUGACUGAAAAGCCACGAAAAUGUAAAAAAUGCUGUUUACCAAUUCACUAUGUACGCUUGAAAUACUAAUUCUCCAUAUAAUACGA